AUGGGACACAAAGUGGUCGUAUUCGACAUUUCUGUCGUCAGAGCCUUGUGGGAAACUCGUGUCAAGAAGCACAAAGCCUGGCAGAAGAAGGAGGCGGAAAGGCUUGAGAAAAGCGCUUUGGAAAAGAUAAAGGAAGAGUGGAAUUUCGUGGCCGAGUGCAGGAGGAAAGGCAUCCCCCAGGCUGUGUACUGCAAGAAUGGCUUCGUAGACACCAGCGUGAGGCUUCUGGAAAAGAUCGAAAGGAACUCUCUCACCAGGCAGAGUUUGCUUUCCAAGGAAAGAGACAAACGGAGCAGUGCGUUUGUGUUUGAACUUUCGGGGGAGCAGUGGACGGAGCUCCCGGAUUCGUUGAAGGAGCAGACACACCUAAAAGAAUGGCACAUCAGCAAUACCCUGAUUCAAAUCAUUCCUACCUAUAUCGAGCUGUUUCAAGCGAUGAGAAUUCUGGAUCUGCCAAAAAACCAAAUCUCCCAUCUUCCGGCUGAAAUUGGUCGUUUGAAGAACCUGAGAGAACUCAAUGUGAGUUUCAACCAUCUGAAGAGCAUCCCUCCGGAGCUGGGGGACUGCGAAAAUCUCGAGAAACUGGAUUGUUCCGGAAAUCUGGAAUUAACUGAGCUCCCCUUUGAAUUAAGUAACUUGAAGCAAGUGACAUUCGUAGAUAUCGCGGCAAACAAGUUUGCCAGUGUCCCGAUCUGUGUCCUGAGGAUGUCGAAUUUGCAGUGGUUGGAUAUCAGCAACAAUAGCCUGACCGACCUGCCCCAAGAUAUAGACAGGCUAGAAGAGCUGCAGACCUUUAUCUUGUAUAAGAACAAGCUGACCUACCUUCCGUAUGCCUUGCUUAACCUAAAGAAGCUGGCCUUGUUAGUCGUCAGUGGGGACCGUUUGGUGGAGCUCCCCACGGCCCUGUGUGACUCGUCCACACCUUUAAAAUUUGUAAGCCUUAUGGACAAUCCUAUUGAUAAUACCCAGUGUGAAGACGGUGUGGAAGUGAUGGAAAGUGAACAAGAUCGUCAACACUUUGAUAAAGAAUUUUUGAAAGCCUAUAUUGAAGAUCUUAAAGAAAGAGAAUCUGUUCCCAGCUAUACCACCAAAGUAUCUUUCAGUCUUCAGCUUUAA